AAUUGGAGCACUAGUGCCUGUCCAAUAAUUCACCCGCAGAAGGCGUGAUCUCCCAGGGCUGUAGAAAUGUCCCAGACUUUGAUGCCUGUUGGCACAGGGAGGUGCGCUGAGGGAAACUGCACAUAGUCAGGCUCACAGUCAUGGUGCAGCAACGGUUUCUACUGCUCUGUGCUGUGCUGAUCACGUCUGUUUCGCUGGUCGAUGGCCAACAAGCAGGUGAGAAUAAACAGCAGCCAAGACGGGUGCUACAACCCUGGCUGACAGGGAUCAUAGCGGUCGUUGUCUUCCUGUUUCUCUGUUUCAUUGGAUUUAUAGUCAACAAAAUGUGGUGCAAAAAUUCCCAUGAGAGUAUUGAUCUGGAGCCACCCACAGGUCAAGCCGAUUAUGCAAAUAUUAAUGGAACAAAACUGACCGAAACCAUGUCUUCCACAGAUCCUGUGAGGUCGAAGGAACACGCUAAUGCUUAUGAGAACAAGUAUGAGAUCAGUCUCAGUGAAGAGUUUCCAAAGACAACUGUAACUGCCAUGUAGCACCAUGAAUCAUGGUGCUGAGGUUUCAGCAGGUCUGUGUCAUGUGUCCUGCUGUAUUCCACUUAUUAUUUCAGGUACAAUAAUAAAUUGGUCACUUCAAUCCA